AUGGCGGCAUAUGAUGGGGCUUCCUCCUCUUCUGGAUUAUUCGCUUAUGAUGUGUUUCUCAAUUUCAGGGGUGAAGAAACACGCAAUAAUUUUACUGGUUUCCUACACAAAGCUCUGAAAAGAGAAGGAAUCAAUGUAUUUAUGGAUAAUGAAGAAUUGGGUGGUGGAGAAGAGAUCCGAUCAGCACUCCUUGAAGCAAUCCAAGGGUCCAAAAUCUCAAUUACCAUCUUCUCUAAAGGCUAUGCGGAUAGCAAAUGGUGCCUACUUGAACUGGUUGAAAUAGUUCGAUGCCACAAAUUUGACGGUCAAAUAAUUCUGCCCAUAUUCUUAGAUGUUGAGCCAACAGAUGUUCGCCAUCAAACUGAAAGUUUUGAAGGACCGUUUCAGAAACAUAAUGAGAAACAUGAUGCCCAAACCAUAGAGGGUUGGAAGAAAUCCUUAACUGUGGUAGGACAGCUAAAGGGAUACGAGCUCAAGCAAGUAAACGGGAAUCAAUCAGAGCUAGUCGGCUUAGUUGUUGAUUGGGCUUUGAGUAAAUUGAGUAGUAAUAGUUUGGGUGAUAUUAAAAACCCAGUUGGAUUAGAUACCCGUGUAGAAGAUUUAUUAUCUCUAUUAAAUGUUGGCUCCAAUGAUGUUCAAUUCGUGGGAAUCUGUGGUAUUGGUGGCAUUGGAAAGACAACUAUUGCGAAGGCUCUUUAUAAUCGCAUUUUUAAAUGCUUUCAUAAGAGUUGCUUUCUUGCAAAUGUCAGAGAAGAAGCAGUAGAACCAAAUGGUUUAGUUUCUCUACAAGAGAAACUUAUUUAUAAUGUUUCCAAAAACAAAGUUGAUUGCAAAAUAUGCAAUGUUUACAGGGGACAACAAUUGAUAAAAGAAAGGCUCCAAGGAGAAAGAGUUCUUCUUAUUCUUGAUGAUGUGGAUUGUCAUUCCCAACUCAAUGCUUUGACUAUUGAUUUCAAUUUGUUUGGUUUGGGAACUAGGAUUGUCAUAACAAGUAGAGAUGAACUUCUUCUAAAGGUGGCUAAAGUUGAUGAAGAUAAAAUAUAUUGGCCAAAAGAAUUGGAUAAUAAGCAAUCCCUUCAACUCUUUAGUUUGCAUGCAUUUGCAAGGGACAAACCUGCUGAAGAUUACAAGCAGCUUUCCCAUGAUGUGCUACACUUUGCAGGAGGAUUGCCAUUAACACUAGAAGUGUUGGGUUCUUAUCUCUUUGACAUAAGAGAAAAAGAAGUAUGGCAAUGUACGUUAGAAAAGCUGGAAAAAAAUCCUAAUAAGGAGGUUUACGAAAAGUUAAAGAUAAGUUAUGACAAUCUAGAAGAUGAUGAGCAAUCCAUGUUUCUUGAUGCUGCAUGCUUUUUCGUUGGAUGGAGAAAAGAAGCUGUAAUUCUUAUAUGGAAAGCUUGUGGCUUUGAUCCUAUAUCAGCAAUAAAAAAACUCACUCAAAGGUCCCUUCUAAAAUUCACCAAUAGAGGAGGAUCUAAUUCAGAUAUCAAUGAUUCCUAUGAUGAGCUAAGGAUGCAUGAUCAAAUACAAGCCAUGGGAAGGGCCAUUGUUUUCAAAGAAAACCGUAUGGAGCCUAGUAAGCGCAGCAGGUUAUGGUCUCGUGACGACAUCAUGGAAGUAUUAGAAGAGCACAAGGGAUCUCAAAUGAUUGAAGGCAUCCUCCUAGCCUCAAAUCGAUUGUUUCCAACUGUUCCAAAAGUUGAAAUUUCUGAGUCUUCGACAAUGUUAUUAUCUAUCUGA